UUAUGUAAUAACAUAAAUAUGUCUAAUAAUAAUAAUAAUAAAAUUGUCUGGGUGUCUUUUCCUUCGUGUAAUGAAGUGAUUUUACAGAAGUUUUAGGAUAAUUCUUCCGUCCAGUGAUGUGAAAAACAAGCAUGUUAGAUUCUUAGCCUUUGAAGAGUUGAGUCACAUCUGUUUAAAACCGGUCCUCAUUCAUUUACUUGUAACAGGGUAAGCAGUCUCAUCUCAACCAUGUCAAACGAACGCACCCCCCUGAUGACCUCGGGGGUCUGCGGUCUGGCGGUGACCGCAUGCGGCGGGAAGUCGGACGCGACCCCUGAAUCCGACUCUGGCACGCCAACAGUAGACCCGCGGAAACUGAACACCUUUUUCGGUGUGAUGGUGCCGACCAUCCUCUCCAUGUUCAGUAUCGUGCUGUUCCUGAGAACCGGGUUCGUGGUCGGUCACGCGGGGCUGUUGCAGGGUCUAUUAAUGGUGAUUGUGGCGUACACGAUCGUAUCUCUCACAAUACUGUCCAUCUGUGCCAUUUCCACCAACGGCGCUAUACAAGGUGGUGGUGCCUACUAUAUGAUAAGUCGCUCUCUGGGCCCGGAGUUUGGAGGAAGCAUCGGAUUGAUGUUCUUCUUGGCCAAAGUGUGUGCGUGUGGAGAAUACGUUCUUGGCCUUGUGGAGGCGAUACUUGACAUAUUCGGCUCUGAUCCUGAGUCGUCGGUGUCUCAGGGGGUGCGGGUGCUUCCUCAGGGUUACUGGUAUGGAGUGCUGUACUCCUCAGUGGUUCUUCUGCUGUGUCUGCUCGUGUGUCUGGUUGGCGCCAAAAUCUACUCCCGCACCUCCUUCGUCAUCCUGAUCUUGGUCACCGUGUCCUUGCUGUCCAUUUUCAUCAGUUCUGUGGCGGUCAAACCUCAUGAUAUCAUCAUCACUCACAAGGGAUCGGGCAACGAGACCCUCCGAUACAACGCCAGCUACACGGGCUUCAGCGUCACCACUCUGAGGAACAACCUGGGCUCUGGUUACUCUUUGGACUACAGCACCAACUCUGUCAUGUCCUUUUCCACCGUGUUUGCCGUCAUGUUCACCUGCUGCACCGGGAUUAUGGCCGGAGCCAACAUGUCAGGAGACCUGAAGACUCCGAGUAUCUCCAUCCCUAAAGGCACCAUCGUGGCCGUCUUCUACACCUUCGUAGUCUACGUCCUCCUCUUCCUCCUGGUGGGCGCCACCUGUGACAGGACCCUGCUGAUCCAGGAUUAUGGGUUCCUCCAGAGGAUUAGCAUCUGGUCUCCGUUAGUCACCGUUGGGAUAUACUGCGCCUCUCUUUCAGCGGCGAUGUGCUCCAUGAUCGGGGCGUCCCGCAUCCUCCACGCUCUCGCUCUGGAUCAGCUCUUUGGUCUGCCUUUAGCUCCAGCUACCAUCACAUCGAGCUCUGGAAAUCCCUGGGUGGCCGUGUUGUACACCUGGGGACUCGCACAGGUGAGUUCAUGUGACCUGCUGUGUAGUUUUUUUAUUUAGUUAUUAAAGUUUUUAUUUAUGAACGUAUACAGAAACGCAUACAGAA